GAAGAGAGGAACCCAACAUAUAAAAAAAUAAAAAAUAAGAAGAAAAAGAAGUUAUGGAUUAUCGAGUUCUUUCAUCUCUAUCAAAAUCAUUAACACCCUUCUCUCUCCUUUUAUUAUUAUACAUUUGUCCCGUGGCAUCUGGUACCACCACCACCAAGGCUUUUAAUCUGUCAACCAUCACAUUUGAACAAGGAUAUUCACCUCUUUUUAGUGAUUUCAAUAUUGAAAGAUCUCCUGAUGAUACAAGUUUCCGUCUCCUCCUUAAUCGUUUCUCAGGGUCUGGUGUAAUUUCAACAGAAUAUUACAAUUAUGGAUUUUUUAGCGCUAGUAUUAAGUUGCCGGCCAUAUAUACUGCAGGCAUCGUUGUCGCUUUUUAUACGUCAAAUGUGGACACAUUUGAGAAGAAUCAUGACGAGUUAGAUAUAGAGUUUUUGGGGAAUGUGAAUGGGCAGCCAUGGAGAUUUCAGACUAACUUGUAUGGAAAUGGCAGCGUUAGCCGUGGCAGAGAAGAGAGAUAUAGAAUGUGGUUUGAUCCAAGCAAGGAGUUCCAUCAGUACAGCAUCCUUUGGACCCCCAAAAACAUCAUAUUUUACGUUGAUGAGACACCAAUUAGAGAAGUAAAUCGCCAUCCAGCAAUGGAAGGGGACUUUCCAUCAAAGCCAAUGUCUUUAUAUGCCACAAUUUGGGAUGCAUCUUCUUGGGCUACAAAUGGUGGCAAAGCUAAAGUGGACUACAAACAUGAGCCUUUUGCAACAGAGCUUAAAGACUUAGUUCUUGAAGGCUGCAUAGUAGAUCCAAUUGAACAAAUUUCAUCUACAAAUUGCACUGAUAGGAUUGCAAAAUUACUUGCUAAAAAUUACUCUAACAUCACACCUGAAAGGCGAAAAUCCAUGAAAUUCUUUAGAGAAAGAUACAUGUACUAUUCUUAUUGUUAUGAUAACCUUAGGUACCCUGUGCCACCACCAGAAUGUGUGAUUGUUCAGUCUGAAAGGGACUUGUUUAAGGACAGUGGAAGGCUUAGGCAAAAGAUGAAGUUUGGUGGUAGCCACAGCCAUAGGAAACACCGUCCGGGACGGAGCUCUAGGCGGCGGAAUAGGGUGGCUGGUGGUGGUAGUUCAUCAAAGUCUGGCCAACGUGCUUCUGCUGCUGCAAUGUAAUAAUUUGUAUAAUUAAGGUAUACAAGGUGAAUAUUAUGGUUUGUAAAAAAUAUUAUACUCCUAUUAGUUGGUGGUGUAUCAAAGAGAUUAGUAUUACAUGAGUGGUAUAAAUAUCUAUGUGGUGGUUGGUUGAAGAGCAAAAA